GCAUUUUUGUGCAUUUGAAAGUUUGUUAUUUGUUACGAAUUGUGUUUACUUACUCAAAUAUGAGUAAACGAGUAAAGGCCUGCUGUGUACCAGGAUGCAUGAAUAAGCAAGCGAUAAGACAUUCCAUUCCUAGGAAUGAAGACGUUUGCAGAAUUUGGUUGCAAAGAAUAAAUAACCCCAAGUUGAUGCUUGCAGAAACAGUAUUAUCAUCACAUAGAAUAUGUGAUAUUCGUUUUGAACAAAUUUGUAGAAACCCCAAUGGCAGGUUAAAAAAACUUUCACUCUACAUUUACCUGGUUACGAAAAAGGUGAAAAUGAUAUUUUUUGGGUACAGGAGCAACCAUCUUCAUUUUCAACUCCAAAAAGACUGAUAGGUAGGUAUGAAUUGUAGUAUAUUAUUUCCACAAAAAUCUACCUGUUAAAUCUUCUAGUCAUGUAAUCAAGAUGCUAAAUUGUUCGAAUCAUUGUACAUUUUGGGACAGAGUUAUAAGCAGGUAAUUAUUUGAAAACAAAGAGAAAUGGAUUAAUGUGUUAAAUAUCUGGAGAAUAGGCUUCAUGUUUUUACUUCAUAUUAAUAACCAAAAGGAUUAUUCAAUAAUAAUUUAGGUGAAAGAUAAAUGUCACUGAAUAUUUUCUAUAAUGUAGUUGUCCAAUUAUUUAUUUUUGCUUACUGAUUUCCUUUUACUAUUGAGAUUAAUUGAGACAUUUUUUAUAAUCAAUUGCAAGGACUAGUUCCUCUAUCAGCACCUUUACUGGUAACAGCCCAAUAGAGGGAACAAAAAAACCUGUUAAGGUGUAUACAAGGAAGCGAUUAUUUCAAGCUCUUGUUGAAGAACCUUGUAAGUAUUAAUCCAAAAUGUCACUUGUGCACAAAUAUAAUACUGUCAAACGAAUUAAGGCAAAUUCAUUAAUAUAUUCUAGGGAACAUAAAAAAUAUUUUAUGUGCGCCUUCAGCAAAAUU